ACGGAGCACGAUAUACAAAACACAUGUUAGAUUUUAAGGUUUGCUUCCACAACACAACAGAAUAAUUUAAGCAAAAUUUAAAUAUUUAUUUAACUCGACGUUAGUUAAGUUCUUAAAAAAUGGCAUCUUCAAAAUCUAAACGACCCCCGGUCACACCCACCACGAAGUUGAACGCGAUUCUCCAACAGGACAAAGCCGAACAGGAAGUUGUCCUUAAAGAGUUUCCCGUCUUCCUCUCUAAAACUUUGAUGAAACAGUUGUACCUUAUCCAAUACCCGCAACGACCGGGGAACAUUUCCACACAAAAGUUGGACGUUCUUCACACAAAGAUAAAACCUCUCCAGAAAAAGAUUCAAAUGACGAUAGGAAUGGAUCCAGAUUCGGAACUUUACGACCCCGAAACCGGCGAAUUGUUGGCUGAGGCGGCCGAAGGGAUUGGAUUAGAUGAAGAUAAAUAUAUGCCCGACCACGACCUCCGCUUGGACAAGAUGACGAUGGAAUCCACCACAAUUCCCAAACUGUCGGAUAACUACGCGAUCGGUAUCGUGCGCCGAGGUCAAGUUACGUUAACCCCGAUCAGCUCAAUCGUUCAGAUGAAGACGGUCUAUCCCUACCUCAACAAGGCCGAGAAGGCGAAGGCAGCUUAUCAAAAAGAAAAAUCCGGCAUCGACACGGAAGACGAGGAAGAAGAGGCGACCAAGGUGACGGUUAAAUUCAGUCGAAACACUGCCUCCUCUGGGGACAAAGGGGCUUCCGCAUCCACCGCCCAACGUCCCAUGUCGUCCUAUAUGGCUCGCAAAAGGGAAGAAGAAGAGGCCUGGGUCGACCUCGAAUACGUCGCCGAGGAUGGCGCCGAAUACGACAAAUUGUACACGAACAAACCCAACUCGCCGUUUUACGUGCUCGACAGGAAAGAAUAUUUGGAGACGUUGUUUCCCAAACAUGUCGACACUCGUAUUGACGGUGCGAUUGGCCCACCACCUGCCGAGGGGGGAAUUGGGGGAAAGACCACCGACGACGAUAAGGACAAAGCUCAACCCCAAAAAGUUAACGCUCAGAAAAUCUCUAUCCAAGCGAUGAAAGCGUUGCCCACGAUUCACGACCAGUUACGCGUCCUUAUGACCAACGCCAAAGUUUUGCAAUACUACCAAAUCGUGGACUUUCUCCGGACCAAGUUGAAAGCAGAUUUUGACGACACGUCGCUUGUUCGGAGUGUGCAAACCGUGGCGAUUUUGGUGCAGGGGUGCUGGGUCGUUAAAAGCGAUGUCAUCUACCCCGACGAAUUUAAGAGUAGUGCAAACGGCAUUUCCGGACCUUUCAUGCUACGCGGCAGAGAUACGAUUCUCAGCCAAUUCACCGAACACCGUUUCGUCAAACGUACCCAAAUGAUAACCCUGACCAAACUUCCGAGCGAAGAAGUGACCGAAAUCUUAACCCAAAUUUCCGUCAUGAUUCCCAAAAAAGGAUGGGAAUUUAUCCUCCCAUACGAUACAAAUUUUCUGGGAAGAUUUCCCGAAGUCGUGGAACGUCAAUCGCUAGUCUGGCAGAUGAAGAAGAACCAACUAAUUCACCACCGCGUGAGACAUUCGUCUACGUCGGAGGGCGGUGCUGGUAGUUCGUCGCCUUCUUCCUCCCCGCCGCGACGGAGGUCGAGAAAUAAAUCGAUUUCUUCCAGUGGGGAGGACAGCAGUGGGGGCGACAGUGAUCAUCAGAGCGGUCAUGCGAGCAGGAGGCGGCGACAAAGUGACUCCACCGUUGGCGGCGGCGGAGGCGGCGACCGAACGACGCGGCGACAACGGAGGAGCAGUACGCGGUCAGAUGUGGGGAUUCCGAGCAGGGUGGAAAUGUGAUGGUUUAUUUUUUUGUAAUGGAGAAGCUACCGAUAAGCUGAUACUUAUUUGAUAUGAAAGUGAAAUUUAAAUUUUGGCUCAGAUAAGCUACCGAUAACUUCAUAUUUAUUUAAAAUGAAUCAAUUUUCUAAAAUUGAAUAUGGAUCGAUAAACUCGCGAAAAGUUGAUUCUUAUUUGAAAUGAAUAAAUAAUUUUCCACGAGAAAUCUGAAUUUUGACUCAAUUUUUUGUAGUGGAAGAUGGAUCGAUAAGUGAAUUCUUAUUUAUUUGCAAUGAAUAAAUAAUUUUUCAAGAGAA